AACUAAUUUGACUAAUCUCAAAUUUGUUUACAUACAUUUUAGAUUUUUUUUCGCAAAUUCUAAUUAAUUUAUGUUUUGUCUAUUAUAAUUUUAAUCGAUCGAUGUUUUAAAAGUAACAAAUAGUUAAAGAAAAAAUGUUAUCACCAGCAAAGAAACGUAUUGUUCUUAUAUGUUGCGUUGGAAUUCUUAUUUGGCUUCUUUUUCGAUACUCGCUUGGCGAUGGUUUAAUGUUAUCAGUUGAAAGUGUAACACGAAUACCAGGUACUCCGAUAUUAGUGACAGUAUUCUAUGAGGCUCUUUGUCCGGAUUCGAAGCAUUUUAUUACAAAGCAAUUAGUGCCCACUUAUAGAGCAGCUCCUUCUGUUUUGGAAGUCGUCCUUGUACCUUAUGGAAAAGCAUCGACAUCAAUUAGUUCGGAUGGAUCACUAAAGUUCGACUGCCAGCACGGUCCACUGGAAUGCCAAGCGAAUAUCUAUCACGCAUGUGCAAUAGAAAUCAUUACUGACCCUAGAAUACGACUCGACAUGGUGACAUGCAUGAUCAAAGACAAUCGAUUGCCAAAGGAAGCUUUGUACAGAUGUGCUCGAGAUUAUAAUCUAGAAACAGCUGACUCCAUUCAAAAGUGUCAUGAUACGAAUCAUGGUAGUGAGCUAUUGAAGUUGAACGGUGAAUUGACGCAUGCAUUGAGACCAUCUGUAUCUUUCAUACCAACCAUCACAAUUGAUGGUGCGCAGGGUAAACAAGCAGCAAUAUUGAAAAACCUUAUGGGUGAAAUUUGUAAAAUAGCUCAUGGAGAUAGUUUAGUGAAAGACAUCUGCACGAACGAUUAAACAUUCCAUAUUCCAAAAGUUAA